CAAAUACUGGGUGGUUUAUGUUUUGUUUUGCAUUUUUUCACUAUUCAGCUUAACUAUUUGUGGAACUUCAAUUAAAAAAUAGCUCCUUCUUUAAUAUUCAUAUUUGCUACGCAUAUCGAUAAGAAAUAAACUAUAAAUGUAAGAUAAAAAGUUCAAAUAUGUACGACUAUUUAUAUUUCGAGUGAUAUUUUCAAGAACUUUACGUGAAAUUACUAAAAUUAGUUUGUGAACGAGUUUCGUAGAUUUCACAGUUACAUUUAACAUUUAAUGCAUAUGUGUAGAAAACACUACAAUUAAAGAAGAUAAUAAAAUGGUUAUAUACGGAAUUUAUAUUGUUAGCAAGUCUGGUGGUCUCAUCUACAACUAUGAUCACAAUAUUCCUCGAGUCGAGACUGAGAAAACGUUUGGAUUUCCCCUUGAUAUUAAAUUGCAGUAUGAAAAUAAAAAAGUUGUUGUGGCAUUUGGCCAAAGAGAUGGAAUUAAUGUUGGACAUGUAUUACUAUCAGUAAAUGGAUCUCCAGUGACAGGAAGAACAACGGAAGACAAUAGAGAUGUCUUUGAUAUUAUAGAAGCUAAGGAAAACUAUCCUCUGAGUCUAAAAUUUGGUAGAGUGAGAGCAACAACAAAUGAGAAGAUAGUGCUGGCCAGCAUGUUCUAUCCUCUUUUUGCCCUUGCUAGUCAGCUCAGUCCCAUACCAAAAUCCUCAGGAAUAGAAUCCUUAACGGCUGACACAUUCAAGUUGUCAUGUUUUCAAACACUCACUGGUGUAAAAUUUAUAAUAGUAACAGACACUAAUAUGCAAGGUACUGAUGUGGUCCUAAAGAGGAUCUAUGAGUUAUAUUCAGACUAUGCACUUAAGAAUCCAUUCUACUCACUCGAGAUGCCAAUAAGAUGUGAACUGUUCGACACAUCUCUACACACACUGCUGGAACUAGUUGAGAAGUCUGGGACUGCUAAUUUAUAAUUAUACAAUAAUAUCAGUAAAGUAGCAAGUCGCACUUUUAAAUUUGCACAGGUUAGUACCAUUAUUAACCAUUUUCUACCAGUCACUAUGAGUUUCAGUUAGACAAAAAGAAAAUUUGUGCAAUACCUGAGAUUAACGGAGUGCCUCGUGACGGGCUUUAUUUACGUUGUGGUAUCUAUCCACUUGCAAUAUUUUAAAACAAGUAUAAUGUCAAUACCUGCUUAAUAUUGUAAAUUCAUUUAAUUAAUCUGUAUAAUGUCAAAUUAUGUUUAACUAUAUACAUACUCAACUUAUUCCAAAAAUAAAUUUUAUGUAAAUG